AUGCCGCCAGCUGCAGAGUCGCAAACUAAGUAUAAUGGCUCUUCUCAGGAACAUCAGUUGGCGAAGUAUCAAGCCGCUAUAAAUGCAGCUGCUGCUUCAUCGGUUGCUGCAACUUUAGCUGCUGGUUCAGCCUCAGGGCCAAAGUUCAAACAGACGGGGCCAAAUAAAUCUCUUCGGCAGCGAAUCAAAGAACAACAGAAAGCUUCACAUGCCCUGGUUAAAUCCGAGCGAGAUGCCGUGGUCAAUAAUAAGAACUCUUUUAUAUCAGCGGCUGCUAGUGCAGCCUCUGCUUCUGCUUCUGCUGCCGCUGCUGCUGCGAAAAAGAACGUGGACACUGCUCAAGCUUCUCCAAAGGCUACAAGUUCUAAUUCAAGACAUUCUGCGCCCAGUUCGAAGACAACUAGUAGUAAUUUGAGGGGCACUGGUGGCUCAAGUGACAUCAACAACAAGGAUUCUACCGCUAUAGAACAGGUUUUGGCAGCUACUUCUGCGCCAUCAACGACUGCAAAUGCAGUCAAUACAUCGACAGAUUCGUUAAAUUCGCAAAUGAAUGGAUCUGCUAAAGCGGCCCUUUUUGCAUUCAAUAAAACCCGUCAAGAUCCUGAAGACCAGAAUGCCAGUACAGAAGCAUCGACAGCGGCUGCUGCUGCAACUGCUAAUUCCUUAAUGGUGUUGCCUGCCAUUGAACCCACUAAUUCUAGGCAAUCUACGACGUCUGUUUCAAUAGCUGAUACAGACUCCCUUUACAAUAUUGCUGAUAACACCGACAACAUUAAUACCGGAAGCAAACAUACUAAUGAUGAGACGAAACCAGGAACUAAUUCUCGUAUCAGUUUCCGAGAUAGAAUAUUGAGUGGAUUCCCAUCUUUUAAUUUAACGGAAAACGAGAAGCAUCAUACCAGUUCUAACACAGCGGUACUUGAUCCCACUGCAACUGCCAAUGUAGCAGCGGCUGCAGCUGAGGCUGCAGCUGAGGAAGCUCAUAUUCUUCCACAUAGUUCAAUAAAAGGUCACGGAACGAAUGAACCUAAUAAACACCAUUCUGCCCCUAAUUCAGGGGAGAUAAACUCUCACGAAGAUUCACAUUCGACUACCAUACCCUCAUCAGCACAAACGGGAUUCUCAUUAACACGAGCGGCAAAAGAAGCCGCUAAGAAAGCUGGGGCGACAAAUAAACCACUUUCUGUUACCGCACUCCCACCUUCUAGCGAUGCCGGGUCUAUUGCUUCAACCACACCUCCACCACUUCCUGCGGGAACCACAGCGGGUUCUGCACUAGCUGCUGCUAUGGCUGCAAGAACUACUGUUGUAGAUAUGUUUGAAAAGAUUGAUAAUGAUGUCAAUACUAAACAACAGAGGCAUACCAGGAAGAGGAAGAGAUUAUAUCAACCAGCAGCAAGAUGGACCCGUUCGACCCUUCCGACUGCUACAACAAUGGCAACGACGACGACGACAACAACAUCGGCUGAUACCACUCAUAGGGCCGCUAAAGAAUAUGUGGCACCUGCUCCUCAGCGACCAUCUGCAUCUAUACUAGCAGCUGCUAACUGGAUGGAUAAUAUGAAAAGCGACAUGAGUGGUUCCGAGCGAUCUCAGAGUCCAGAUAGAGGACGCAAAAUGACCCAAAGUCCAGUGGUAUCGACACGAACGUCAACCUCAUUAUCUCGGCCUAGGACAUUCCACGAGGAAAUGUCGCUGUCUGAAACAUUAUUGCUGCCAUACGCCUGGGAAAAAGAAUACAGAAAUCAUAGUUCCGAUAGCAUUGGUACCGGGAAAGCUACUAGGAAUUCUAGUAGUCCGACUGGAUCGCCCGUGCUCCCUUCGCCACGAGAACCGCCACGUCGUACCUUAUCAAGGUCACCAAAUACCUAUAGUGGAGCGUCUACAGCCACCGUAGGUUCCAAUGGACCAAUCCAUCCUGAUUACUUCAGCUAUAAAAACUUCACACCAUCUUCAGGAGGCUCUAGUGGCAGCGGGUAUACAGUCAACUCAUCAACAGCAGACUCGCAGGGACCUCAUGCUACACGAGUAUCACAUUCUCUGGGAGAAGGAUCUAAUUCCAAUGUAUCUCUGUCUUCGACCCUUCGAGUUCCAACACUACCACGGCCCGCAACGCAUACAGCAGGCACUCUAGGCUUAGCGCCAUCUAAAUCACCAAAUACCUCAGGGGGCUCUUUUUUUAGUCGAUUCUCGAGAAAAGCUCGUCCGGAGAGACCAGCUCCAGCACCUCCAACUACCAACCUCAAAAUCACAAUGCGUAAGGAGCAUAAACACAGAAAUUUUAAUGAAGACAAGCCAUGGAAACAUCAUAUGGACGCAGUGACUCUGACCGACCGAGAGAAAAAACGGUAUGAAGGAAUCUGGGCUACCAACAAGGGCGUUCAUUUGAAAUAUCUUUAUGAACCUGAUGAAAGUGAUGAAGAAGAAGAUGAUGACGAGGCUGAGGUUAAAAAGGAAAAUUCCGAUCCUGAAAGUGGAAUAGAUCACAGAGCUUCUUUAGAUCUUGAUGAACGGAAUCCAGCAGAGGAUAUCCAUGGAAUAAUGGUUCGUGAUAUUUGGCGGAGAAGUCGAUUGCCAGAUUCACUUUUAGAACAAAUCUGGGAUCUAGUUGAUAGACACCAUGAUGGUACACUAGAUAGAGAAGGAUUCCUUGUUGGAAUGUGGCUCGUCGACCAAUGCUUAUAUGGCCGCAAGCUUCCAAAUACUAUUAGUGACAAAAUUUGGAGCUCGGUUGGUCGACUUAAUGUUAAAAUAAGACUGCAUAAGAAAGAGAUCAAGAAAGAGGAUAAAAAAGAGAGAAAGAAGAAGAAAAAAGGCGAAUAA